AUGUCCCGCUCAAUGUUCCCGUUCAACGACUCGUUUCGAGUGACGUUCACAGGAUAUCUUCUGCCAUGGCAAGACCCGUCCGGUGCGAUAGUUCCAGCGGAUGUUCCCGAUCCACGUAAUAUCCAUCACUUUUGGGUCCUUUUCUAUGAAAUCUGUUAUAGGUUUCGAAAAGUUGGAUCUGCAAGACGCUCCGAAGAUUCCGUCGUGGAGAGAGAAAAGUGAGUCUGAACAGAGAUUAAAAUUAAAAUACGAAAUCAUCAUGCACUUAUUCUGGAAAAAGUCUUUGGGGAUGUGUUGAUUGUCAAGGUCACGUGCACUUUUCAUGUUUUCCAACCAAAAUUUCAUUAGAAUGACUAAGAUUUUACAGAAAAAGUGGCAAACGUCUCUUGUCCUAGCGUGUGUUUAUCACAGAAUGUGUCGAGCACGACUGAACCCAAUCACAAAAGAGAGUGUGUUCCAGGGGACAGAAAAUCACAGGACAAUGAUAAAGAAAACGAUAAUACUGAGGAGGUGAGGUGUGUUACAGCUUAUCAAUGCAUACAAAAAAAAUUGCGUUUAGAACGAUACAAAUGAGAAAGACGAUGCCCAGUCAUCCGUGA